GGGGGAGAAUAUUUUCUUGUUAUACACAUGUUCCCAUGUGAGCAAAAACGAUGGCUACCGGGGACAUAGGUAACGCGUUGGAGUGCUGUUUAAAGCUACUUAACAUAAAAAACUGCACAUCCAGAACAUUUUCUUAUUGUUCACUUAGUGAAGAGGAGAUGAGAGAUGGAGAUUUGGAAGAUGAAGAUUGGCAAGGAGAAGAACCACCCAUGCUUAAAACUGCUAUGGAUGCCUUGAGAAGGGAUAACACAGACAAGGACUCUGAUAUAGAUUUUGAUGUGGACGCAUUAGAAAGACAAGCUCAACAGAAGAAAUGCUCAGCAGGGAGAGAGUCAAACUACUGGGUCCCAUCAGAGGUUGAUGACCAGUUCUUCAAGCUCUCAGAGAUGGAGUCCUAUCUGGACGAUAUGGACAGAAGGGAGGGGAAGGAGGGGGGCGGUGAUGUAGACUACUUCCAGGACUUGCCCUCUGAAGAAGAAGAUGAUGGCGUAGACCUCUUCAGUGAAGAUGUUUCUUCCAAAAAAAAACACAAAAAAACAAGCACACUGAAAAGUUCCAGGAAUCUGAAGUACAAAGACUUCUUUGAUGCUGUGGAUGAUGAUCCUGCGCAAACAGCUGACCAAUCAGAUGCAGAGGAGGAGGACAACAGUAUGGAUGUACUGCAAGAAGAUGAUGAUGAAGAAGAAAAUGAGAUGACGGGCUGCCAUAGGAGAGAAAAGCCAUGGCAACUAACAGGAGAUGUGUCUGCUCAGACUCGUCCAGAGAACAGCCUUCUUGAGGUGGAUGUGGCAUUUGACUCGGCCUCCAGGAUGGCCCCUGCUGUAACAGAGGAAACCACUUUGCAGCUGGAAGACAUCAUCAAGCAGAGGAUUAAAGACCAGGUAUGGGAUGAUGUGGUGCGCAAGGAGAAGCCAACGGAAGAGGUAUUUGAGUACAAGAAGAGGCUGACUCUGGACCAUGAGAAGAGCAAGCUGAGCCUUGCAGAGGUUUAUGAGCAAGAGUACCUCAAGCAGAAUCAGCAGAAGACAGAGGAUGAAGAAAACCCAGCCCGUGUAGAAAUUCAAAAGCUUGUGGAUUUUCUAUUCCUUAAACUUGACGCUCUCUCUAACUUCCACUUCACACCCAAACUGCCUGUUCCUGAAGUGAAAGUUGUCUCCAAUGUGCCUUAUAUUGCUAUGGAGGAAGGUGCUAGUAAUGCCACUCUAUUGGCUCCAGAGGAAGUCAAGGAGAAGAACAAGGCUGGUGACGUGCUAGUUGACUCUGAAAAGACCUCCACAGACAAGAAACGAGAGAGACGCAAGAAGAAGAAGGUGAAGAGCAUCAAGAUGAAGGAGAAGAGACAGAAACUGAAGGACAGAACUGGAGAGAAUAAGAAACAAUCAAAGGCAGAGGUGGCAGAAAACCUCAAGAAACUCACAAAGGGAGGCAAAGCAACAUUAUUAAAGGAUGAGGGGAAGGAUAAAGCUCUCUGCUCCUCCUCCGCCUUCUUCUCCCAACUACAAGACCAAGUGAAGAGCCAGAUCAAAGGAGCCAAGGACCCGGGCUCCAAGAAUAAGAAACACUAAGAAGUCUCAGCCAGCAAACUCAAGUUGUAGCAUUUAUUAUGAUGUAUGUGUAAUGAUAAUUCAUAUUUCUUGGUACAGAUUUUUUUUAAACAGGAAGGUGCAAUUUGUUAAACAGUGGUCGAUAGUUUGUAAUUUGCAAUAAUAAUAAAAAACUAAACCUGU